AUGGAUCAACUCCCAUAUGAAAUUUUGAGAUUAUGGGUUAAAACCAAUCUAAAAUUGGCAAAACUUUGGCUUGAUCGUAAAGAAUAUAAUAGAUUAAACAAGAUACUUCGACAACUUCAUGCAUCUUGUCAAAAAGAUGACGGAACUGAUGAUCAACGUAAAGGAACACACUUGUUGGAAAUUUUUGCAUUGGAAAUUCAAAUGUAUACAGAAACAAAAAAUAAUAAAAAACUAAAAGAAUGGUUUAAAGCUCAAACGGACUUCUUUGAAUCUUUCAAGAAUUAUGAUGAAGCUGGAAGUCCUCAACCGAUAGAGCGUGUUGGAAUAGAUCGUAUUCUAGAAGCACUUCAAUCUCAUAUGUGGGAAGAAGAUGAGGAUGAUGACAAUUAUCACAAAGAACUUUACGAAGCAAUGUCGAACUUAAAUUUUGAACAAAAAAAUACAAAUAAAGAAGGAUUGAUGUUAUUAAAAAGUGACGACGAAGAAGAAGGAGAAGGAGAGUCGACACAAAUUGAAGGCUCUGAUGAUGAUGAAUUUUAUGGAGAAUCAAUGGUAAAUCAAGAAGAAGUAGAAUUAAUGUAUGAUCAAAUAUUUGGUGAUUUUGAUGAAGAAGAUGGAUUGGACAAAGUAUUAUCAAAAUUAAAUAAUCUAAGAGAUCUUCCCGUUCCAACAGCUAAUGUUAUUGACGGUUCAUAUCUUUUAAUAAAAGCAUCAACAACAUCGCCAAUGCCAUUAUCUUCAUCCAAAUACCCUGUAACAACCUCCCAAUUAAUAUCAUUACGUCCAACUGUCUCAUCAAUCCAAAAAUAUACUCUUGCUUUAUAA